GAGUAGCCAAGACCACAUCAUUGUCUAGAUUUAAUAAUGAGCUACUAUUCGACUUCUCUAUACAUUUUCGCUAUUACCAUGGCCACAAUGGUAUUAGCUGGACCACGUGGUGGAUUCGGUGGAGGACCAGGAGGACCAGGAGGACGUGGACGCCACGGACCACCAAUGCCACCAUUCCUUCAAAAUGUUACUGAUGAAGGAAGACGUGCAUUCUUCGAUAUUGCCAGAAACCAGAACUUGACAAUUGCUGAGAUGGAAUCACAAACUUCUACAUGGGCUCAGACUUACGGAGUUUCGGAUGUCUACUCCGAGUUCGAAGCUAACAUAACCGCUCAUCGCAACGAAGUUCAACAAAAUGUAACCCAAGUUGUUAGCCAACUCUCUGCUGCUCAAACCGCUCUCGAAGCAGUCAUGAACAACAAAAACCAGACCCGCCAACAAAUGAAAGAAGCCAUUGACAAUCUCAAGACACAAUAUCCACAAGAGAUUCCAGCUCUCUUUUUCAUCAGUGGAUCAUUCAGAAGAGGUCCAGGAGGUAGACAUGGAGGACCAGGAGGACCAGGAGGAAGACGUAUGGGACCAGGUGGACGUGGAGGAGACUCUAGAGAAGGACCAAUGAUGGGAGGAAUGGGACGUGGAGGAUUUGGUGGACAAGGAAUGGGAGGAAUGGGAGCAGGUUUGGGACAAGGAAGACGUGGUGGACCAGACAGCAUGAACGAGUCUUCUGAUGUCAACGACUUCUAAUUUUUAUUGAAAUUAUCUAUACUUGCCUUUAUAUUCAAUUCCAUCUUCAUUGUCAACUCAUGUUUUGUGCACAUAAUGAACUCAUUUUCUAAAUUAAUUGAAAUAUUUUCCCGUACUUUAAAAACUAAAUAAAAUUACUGUUUCUUCUGCAACAAA